AGAAAGAACAGUAAAAAUGCAGGCAGGGCACAGGACAAAGCAGUAGGGACAAUAUGUAUGUGAAAUGUGAUUUUUGUGAAUGUCACUUUUUGUCGCCGUCCCCCGUACGUCCCAACGCUCGCAGAGGACGGAACCCAGAUGACAGAUGCCGGCAUCCGCCGGAUUACAUUGCUGAGGGACACUGCAGGAGGGACAUCACGGAAUCGCAGGACAAUCUAAGUGACUGAGGGAUCGCGGAGCCGCGCCGCAUGGUAAGCCCGAGUGUAGCUCGGGGUUACCGCUUGUGGUACUGAAA